AUGAAGCUCUCCCUAGUUUUUGAACUUCUUAUGAUAUUCGUGCUACUGGCAUUUGCCGCGUCGAAAAAUAUUCAUAAGCAGAAGAACAAUAUAAAAGGACUUAGAAAUAAAGAUCAAGAUGAUAAUAUUAAGAUCGAAGAUAAUAGUUUAAAUAGAUACUGCAGAUGCUCCGAGUCUUUAUGUAAUUGCUGUAGAGAUUUCGCAGUACCGGUGGUAAAUUUAAACGGACCAGGAUGUGCUUCACUGAGGUACUUGGAGGGCGACAAAAUGUCCAUAUCACUAAGUUUUGGGAAAAAAGUUAUAACAAAUCGGACCGUUGCGAGUCGCAAGCCCAGUCCAGUGUGUAUGCCUCUACCAGGAGGCGUUUCGAAAUUCUGUGGACGAGUAUAUAACAUUGCAAAGACAGGAGAAGAGUUUCGCGCUUGCCUUGGCUUAGAAUUGCAAGCUAAGAGCACCGUUGAAGCCGCUGUAAGAGUAUCGUGUUUCAAAUUUGGGCCCAGAGGAGUGACCUCUGAGCCAGCUGACCCACUCCCAUUGGUGCCUCAAGAUGAAACAGAAAAGGAGGAUGACGACGACGACGAAGAUGACGACUUCGGCUUAGCAGCCGAUGAUGACGAUGAUGAUGCAGAUGAUGACGACGACGAUGAUGAUGAUGAAGAUGAUGGUGGUGGAAUAGAUGCAGUUAAUGAUGUGGAUACAGACGCAGAUUACACAGGGUUCAGUAUCUUAGGAGAAGAUUUACUAGGAGGUUUGUUCGGUUCUAGCGGUACCAAAAAACCCAACAAGAAUAGGAAUAAACAAGUCCAAGUAUCUACCUCCUCUACAACUACUCGCCGACCAAGACCCAACCGCCGAACCACAAGAAAACCAAAUACUAGGACUACGCCUAAACCGAUUACGAGAAGUACAACAGUAAGAGUGAGGCCUGUCAAUCGUCGCCCAACGCGAAGACCAGCAAGACGACCUGUACGUCGACCUACUGCAAGCACAGAAAGUUUUCCGAUUUCGAAUCUAGCUGAAGCAGCAUCUUCUUCAGUAUCUGCUAGUACAGAAUCCACAAAAAUAAGCCAAUCAACAAAUGCACAAUCGGUACAGAAUAUAGCGGAAAGUAAUGAAAAAAUUAACAUCGGAAACGACAAAAAAACAUCUGUCGUAGUUGCUACAACUCCCAUUACUGCGACAAGUUUUGAAGACUCCGGACUCGAAAUGUCAUUAGCCCAUAUAACUGGACAACUUGCUGUUAUGCCUGUGACCCAAAUCAUUCCUACUGUGUCAGAAAACAAAGCUAGCCAGGAACAGAUGUACGAAAAAAUUCAAACAAUAACUCCUAAACCUCACUCUACAAUUCCUUUCGCCACUGAAGUUGACGAUGGCGUAAAUGAAGAUAUGGUUCAAAUUGUUCAAAGCCUCGAUUCACAUUCUGCAGAGCAUAUAUCUGACAAAGAAGCAAAUGCCGACGAAAGCCGCGGCCAUCACUACGAAGGUCUAGUUCUACCUAAGAAGAAACAUAGGGGUGAACAAUUUGAGCUGGAGGAUCUUGACGUUUUGGACCUUACAAAAAUAGGUGAAAGUGUCGGUCACCAGUUGGGAAUAUUUGGACGUAAUAAGAGGCAAAAUCAAAAUAAACAUAAAAAACACAGAAAUGGCAAUGCCGACUACGAUAUUGUAGGCGGUCUCGAUGCUAUCAACGAAAGUCUAGGAUUGCCCGACAUUGAAGUUGCGCGAAGAAGAAGUGAGUUUAUAACGAAGGAGGACAGAAAUUACGAUAUCAUAAACUUUAGAGUACCAGAAGCUAUUUGGAAGGAGGCAUUUAAUCCCACGCCAGUUCUUAAGUCUCCAGUGACAAUUGUGGUGCCUAUAUCCGUCGCGGAGAAUGAAAACGAAGUUAACUAUGAAGAAGACAAUGAAGUUUUAGAAGAUGAAUCUCCCGAUGAUCCCACACCAGUGAGUGAACAACCUGUAGACGAUAUCGGGGCUGUUUCUGUAACAUCUGUCCCUGAAGUAACCCAAAAACCGACUGUACAAGACGAUGUGAUCACACAACAGCCAGAAGGAGGUGUAAACGGGACGGUAAUCAGAUUCCCUUGUAAUUGUAUGUCGGGACAAUGUGGGUGCUGUACCGGGGCUGUCCUAGAGCGUUUUAGGACUAAAGCCUGCGGCAAUAUAUCCUUUAUUCCCGAAGAUUUUGUAUUUGAUGUCAAAUUGAGUAUAAACAACAACACGGUUAUUCGACGACGUGUUUCCGCCAGUGAUCCUCCACCAAUAUGUAUUAACCCAAGAAGAGCGCCGUUUAUUCGUGUUUGCGCCGAAAUAAGUAAUAUCCGUGUGAGGAAUGGAAAUGCAUUCGCCUGCUUAGAUAUUAAUGCAGACAUCGCUGGCUUCACAAUUUACUCCGCAUCGUUUAGAUGUUUCGGAUUAGGGUCUUCCGGAGUGCAAACGGGUUUAAAACCUAAACCUGUAUCUUCCGGUCCCAAACCGGUCAAUUUAUUUGGUAGCAGCAAUCAACAAGAAGGGACCAUUCUAGAUGCAGCAGGUGCCAUAUUAGGCGGUCAAGGUAGCCGUCCUAGUGGUGGACUUUUUGGAGGUGGUAAUGAUGGACCAUUGGACGCCAUCGGUGACGCCAUAGAAACUGAUGCUACCACCUUAGUUAAUUUAGAAGAUCAAAAUGUGGAAUUAUUAAAUUCUUCCCAUAUAUUAAUAUCGAAAAUCAAGAUGGGAAAUUUUUCCAUCUUUCCGAAUGCAAGGCAAGAUACUAGCGAUGAAGAAGAUGAAUCGAGUACGCCGAAUAGAAGGUGCAAUUGCGCAAUGGGUGUUUGCAAAUGCUGUACGGGAUAUGUUUUAAACCUCUUCAACCAAAAAGCCUGCAUGAAAGUCACAUAUCACCCCGGGGAUUUUGCAUUUGAUGUAGCUAUGUCUAUGAAUGAUAGAAUUCUUUACGAAAACUCUAUGUCAGGUAAAAAUCCACGUCCUAUAUGUAUUAACCCACCGAGGAUGCCAAAUUUGAAAGUGUGCGCUCGUUUCUACAACGUAUUUUUCCCGGGGAGAAACUUUCACUUUUGUUUAGGGAUGACUGGAAAAUUCCGGGCUCUAGAAUUGUUCAAUCUUACUUUUGAUUGCCUAAGAAUGGGAGCCAACGGAAUAGUAAGAGUAAAACCCGAAGAAAAUGGCGGAUUGCCAAUACCCAAUCCCCAAGGGGGGGUGGACGCAGUGAUAGACGCGGGAGAAGAUGAUAUCGAAGAAUACGAUGAACAAAACAUCGUUCGAUCUCUUUUGGAAGUAUUCGAUAGAUGA